AUGGAGCCUGACUGUGAGUUUUCAGUGGAUCCUUCUUCUGGCAACAAGAGGAAGGCUCCCAGGAUGUCGAGCCACAGCAGACCUGGCCCGAGCACGUUUGAUCAGAUUGCUGACUGGCCAGGACAGCUGCGUGACGACCUGACCCGUGGAAUGCCUGAGAGUUUCUUGGGUGCCCUGACUAGCAAGUUUGACAAGAUGAUUGUGUUGACGACCCAUUACUCCGGCAUGGGCUGCGCUGAGCUUGCACUGCUCAUGUUGGAGGCAGAGUUUCGGCGUCGUCCGGAAGGUCACGAGACGGAGAGUAAUGUCAUCCUAUACUCGGCUUGUGAGCAAGAUGCAACAACCCGUCAGAUGCUGCUUGGGCCAGGACAUCGUGACAGCCGUCUCGAGCCCCAGCAUGUCUUUGGUGACAUCAUCUCUAGAGUGCCCGUGGACAUCCUAGGCCACCUAAAAGAAGUAGAGCUUCAACACCUAGAGCAGGCGGCAGGGAUCGCUGCAAACCCCAGCCUUUCGAGGGAGGAGAAAGAAGAACACAAGAAUGACCUGGGAGAAAGGUUAUUGAACAGCUUCUUGUCUGUGCUUUCGCGAUGCAAGUUUGUGGCAAAGGAUUGGUGCUACAAGCACAAUGCAAUGUGCCCUUUGCUGCCCGCUAAGAAUGGAGCUCAUAUUGAACAAUUGAACAUGGAGAAGUUACUGGCAGCACAUGCUUCUCCUGAUUGGUUCAUUCAUGAGUGUGUGCAAUCUUUCGAUGCACAGAUGCUGGUGCAAACGGUGUCCCAGUAUCUGACGGCUUCGUUUGUGUUCUCUCCUACCUUGUUUGGUCUGCCAUCCAACAGGACCCGGCGCUUCACGUUCGGCAUCAAUGCAGCUCGCUGCUCAUGGCAGCAAGAUUUGCUAGACGAAGGCUUUGCCGAUGAUCCGUCCACCAUGACGACAGGGGCUGCUCAAACAUUGUUUUCCACUGUGUUUGGCAGGGAUAUCGUAGUUGGUUGCGAAGUGUACUUGGUGGCUUCGGACAAGGCGGUUGCAACGUGGGCACGUGGUGCUGUGUCAGACAAGGGGCUUGGUCAUCUAUGCGACUCAGACGUGGACAUGAAGUUGUGCCUGUCAGGUGCUCAAUUCCAACGCAUGGUUGCUUACAAGGACUUGCUGCGUGAGAAGAAGGUGGAGUGUGGCAGUUUCACGUCCUUUGUUGUCAAUCUGGAGCAGACAGCUGGAUUCCAACCAUGUGUGUCGCAUAUUGUCCCGGCCCUCUUGACGCAGUCCACUCUUUGUGUGCUGCGUGCCCAGUCUCCGGCAGGGGCUACAGGCAGCACCGUGCCAUCCGCAAGAAUGCGUUUGGUCUUACCGAUCGAGCACUUUGCAAUUUUGAGUUUCCCCAUGCCUGAGGCCUUUCGAGGAGCUGUGCGAUCGAGUGUCCCAGAGUCUGCGGCCAGGAAGUGGACGGACGCUUUCCCGUGGGAUGUUGCUUGGCUCCGGAGAGAGAUGGGUGACAAAGUGAUGCGACGGCUUACUGGCAAUGGCAUGAACCUGCAUGCUCUAGGAUCAGUGAUGGCCAUUCUCCUUGCGGGUUGCCAGCCUUCAAGUCGUGAGUCAACAACCAGCAGCUCAGGGUCAGGGUCAGAGUAG